UGUUGACUGGGAACAGAAAAAAAAAUCUCCAACCAUAACAAUAGUUCAGUUGCCAGUAAGUGUAGGCACAGUUAAGGUGUAUUGUGUUUUUACCUGGAUUUAUUUACCUGUACAAUUUCAAGAAGAGUUGAGAUGUGUAAUAGUAAUGGAUGGAGUUUAAUGAACAUCAACCUUUGAAAAAUCAAAACGGAAUAAUUGAUAAACACUAUUAGUAUUUAACAACGAGCAACAAUUAAGUUCUCAACUUUUUUUUCCGGUGAAAAAUGUGAAUUAAAGUUAACAUGUUACAAUUAGAUGCGAAAUUGUCUUCAAUUAAAUCAUCAACAUUAUCAUCAUCAUCAUCACCAGUAAAUUGUAUUAAAAUGAAACCAAUUAAAGUGCCAAUGUUUUCAUCGUCUUCAUCUUUAUCAUCAUCUUUUUGUGUCAUGAAAAGUGCUCUAAGUGUCAUUGGAUUAAUAGUUACUCGUUACCUUUUAUUGUCCAUUUGGAUAAUCUCAUUGUCACCUAAUCUAUUAAUAACAUUAUUCCUUGGGAUUAAUUUAAUCUGUCCAACAGUAAUUUCAUCGCCAUCAUCAAUUCCUAAUUCACUUGCCGAUAAUAAUUUCCCUCCAAGAUUUACCACCUCUCCUGGUGCCGGUGGAAGCGGAGGUGCGAGUGGAUCGGAGAUUGUGAUUCGUGUAAAGGAAGGUCCAUCUUCCUUGAAUAAGGAGAUUUACCGAUUGACCGGUGAAGAUCCUGAUGGUGAUCCUUUAACCUUUGGUGUUCUUGGUACCAUUGGUGAGGAUAUACUCAAAAUAGAUAAUGACAAAUCUUCAUCUUCGGCCACGAUUUACCUGAGAAAAGAGCUUGACCGUGAGACCAGAGACUCUUACUCGCUGGUUCUUACCUUGACAGAUGGUAAAUUAGGUAAAGGAAACUAUAUAACUAAAUCUAUGUUAAUCAUUGUCGAGGAUAUUAACGAUAAUGAACCAGUCUUCAGGCCUUUUCGGACAACGGUCAGUUUAUCUGAGAAAACUCGACCUGGAAUAGUUGAAACAGUUGAAGCAUUUGACCAAGAUGAAGGACGAUUUGGUCAAGUAUUGUAUCAGCUUCAGGAAAUCGACAAGGACAAUGGACCAAAGACAUUUUCAAUUGAAACCGUUGAAGGUAAAGGAGUGAUUAGUUUGGUUGGUGAUUUAGAUUAUGAGAGACGAUCAUUAUAUCAAUUGAAGAUCUUAGCAAUCGAUCGAGCGAUUGAAGGUGAUCGACACACUGCAACGGCCACUUUAUUGGUUCGAGUUGAAGAUGCUGAAGAUAAUCCGCCGAUAUUUACUUUUGUUCCUUCGGUGACCAGAAUCCCUGAGAAUUUAGCUCCCGGUUCGGAGGUUCUUCGGGUUAUCGCUGUUGAUGGUGAUCGUGGUGUUAACAAUGCGGUCACUUAUCGGAUUAUUCGUGGUGGUCGAGGUUUAUUUUCAAUUAAUCCUUCAACUGGAGCGGUAACGGUAGAUGGUACACUUGAUAGGGAAGAGUCAAUUCGCCGUGGGUCAGGUAAUAGUGCUUAUAUAUUGGAAAUCGCUGCAACCGAGGUAACGGUGGCAGUGUUUCCGCCUCCCUCUGUUUCAACGGAAGUAACCAUUAUAUUAACUGAUGUGAAUGAUGAGAAACCCGUUUUCAAGUCGGAUUCUUAUACGGUUGAGAUAAGUGAAAAUGCUCAAUCAGAUAUGCCGGUUAAAUUCAUUGGGGUUGGUGAGAUACCUCAAGUAUAUGAUUAUGAUCAAGGUAACAAUGGUACCUUUAUAUUAACCUUGGAAGGUGAAUCUGCAUCCGCUUUUGAGGUUACUCCAAGUGAGGCGACCAAUGAGGCCACUUUUGUUAUUCGUGUUAAAGAUCCGAUCUCAUUGGAUUAUGAGACAACCAAGUCAAUGACAUUCAAUCUAAUCGCAAGAGAAAAAGUUUAUUCAACUGAAUCACCUCGAUCAUCAACAGUUCCCGUAACGGUUAAUAUAAAAGAUGCCAAUGAUAAUUUUCCCAAUUUUGAUCGUGAACUUUAUCGAGCAUCGAUUCCAGAAAACGCUGUUAAAGGUACGGUUGUCACUCAAUUACAGGCAACUGAUGUUGACUCGGGUAAUUAUGGUACUUCUGGUAUUCGAUAUACUGAACUUUCUGGUGAAUUGUCGUCGAAGCUUUCACUCGAUCCAGUUACGGGAACGAUCACAUUGGCCACUUCUGAACACGGGCUAGAUCGUGAGAUUUUAUCUCAAUAUUAUAUCACAGCGGAGGCUCGUGAUAACGAGGGAACAGGCAAUCGAAACACUGUACAAAUACUGCUGACAAUCGAGGAUGUUAACGAUAAUAAGCCUCGAUUCAUGGAGGACCGAUACGAGGCUCGAAUAUACGAAAAUGAGGGUUCGUUUGUGAGUCCAGUGAUUAUUCGUGCGGUUGAUGCUGAUGCACAGGGAACACCAAACUCACAGAUCCGCUAUCUAAUCGUUGAUGGUGUUUACAAAGAUAAUUUCACUAUUGACUCGCGUUCAGGUCGAUUAAAGGUUAAAGAACCUUUGGACUUUGAGCUGAUCAAACAGCCGAUGGGUGAAACGAAAAACGUUUCACUUAUAAUUCGUGCUUCUGAUCUGGGAAGUCCCUCACUUUUCAGCGACACUGAGUUGACCAUCAUUGUUUACGAUAAGAAUGAUAAUUCACCAAUUUUCCAACGAGCUUCAUACACAAAGUCAAUUCCUGAAGAUAUUCGUGAUGGUUCAAUGGUGGUGCAAGUUAAGGCGAUUGAUGGUGACCAUUCACCAACAAAUUCCAGGGUUUUUUACAGAAUCAGUUCUGGAUCACAGGAUAAAUUUGUCAUUGAUCCAGAUUCUGGACUGGUUUCAGUUGCCGCUGGUGCCAAUCUGGAUCCAGAUCGGUCCAAUCCAAAGCAAAACACUUAUGCUCUUGUUGUCACUGCUCUUGAUGGUAACUUUGGCCGAGAUCAGAAACAAUCCCAGGUCAUUGUGAAUAUAACGGUUGUUGAUGUGAAUAAUAAGCCACCAAGUUUCAUUGAACCAGGAAUUGUUUCAGUUCCAGAAGAUGCACCAAUAGGUUUUUUUGUUACCCGAGUAACGGGUAAAGAUGCUGAUGAUCGUCCACUCCUCCGAUAUUCAAUUGAUUACAUGUUAAGUGAAGCUCGUAAUCAAGCUGGAUCAUCAGUUGAUUGGAAUACGUUUAAAGAAUGUUUCACAAUUAAUUCAUUAGACGGAACAAUUAGAGUUAAUAAGGAAUUGGAUAGGGAAACUUGGGAUCAAGUUAAAUUAUAUUUAAUUGUUGAAGAUUUAGCUGCAGUUACGCCCGGUCAACGUGCUUCCGCUUACUUAACGAUCAAAAUUGCCGAUGUCAAUGAUAAUCGACCUGUUUUCCUGAAGGAACUAUUUACCGGAGCCAUAACUGAAAAUGCCGCUAUUGGAACACCAAUUCUAACGGUAAAAGCGGAUGAUUACGAUUUGAAUAAAACGGUGACCUAUUCAUUGGAAGGUCGUAAAGAAUUGCUUGAUUUGAUUGAUAUCUCAUCUCGAUCAGGGGAUAUUAUGGUAAAGGGUAAAAUUGAUCGUGAAACAUAUUCAUGGAUAAAUUGUACAGUUCGAGCGACCGAUGGUGGACCAUCUCCUUUAUCAACAGUUUCCAAAGUUUCGAUUCAAGUUUUCGAUGAGAACGACAAUAAUCCAGUUUUCGAUGGUAACAAUCAACUGACCUUCACGGCAUCGGAAGAUUCACCUCUUGGCUCCUUAGUGGCCCAAGUAACGGCUCACGACGAUGAUAUCGGUCUCUAUGGUAAAGUAACUUAUCUCCUGGAUGCUUCAUCUUCCCAUGGUAAAUUCAAAAUCGAUAGAGAUACGGGAUCAAUCAUUGUGGCCAAUAAACUGGAUCGUGAAGAAAUGAGUUCUUAUAAUCUGUUAAUCCAAGCAGUUGAUAAUUAUGAAUAUGGUUUUGUUACUGGAGAAUCAAGAAAAGCUUUUCAACAAAUAACAAUCACAAUAAGUGAUGUAAACGAUGAGACUCCAUUCAUCUCAAUACCCUCAGGGUGUUCAAUUACAAAUGAGUUUUUACCUCUUCGAGAUACGAUUACUUUAAUCACGGCAACAGAUAAAGAUGAUCCAUCAACACCGAAUGGUCGGAUUAAAUUUACAAUAAUCGAUGGUAAUGAGAAUGGACUUUUUGAUAUCGAACCAGUAAAGAUUAGUGGUAAUCCCUCAUUACCGCUUUUAGCACGAUCUUUACGAUCUUCACCCUCAAGAUUAUCAGCAAGAUCUUCACAAUUAUCAUCCGAUUCAUCAUCUUUAUCGCCUCUCCAACAACUACCUGGUAUCAGUCCAAUAUCAGAAGCUUCGGCACGAAUUAUCAGUGCUAAUUCACUUCGAGCUCGAGUUGGUAAUUACUCAUUAAAGGUCAAAGUGGAAGAUUCUGGGUCACCUUCGCGUUACUCAAUCGCCUCGAUACCGAUCUGCAUUAGCGAUGUUAAUGAUCGAUCACCAAACUUUAUCUAUCCACCGGUUAAUCAUACAAUCAGAUUACCAGAAAAUUCAACAAUCGGAUCACCAGUGAUCGAGAUUAAAGCAACUGAUGAUGAUUAUGGUCUUAAUUCAAUAGUUAAUUACAAAUUGCGAGAAUUGCCCAAUGGCCAUUGGAAAACAUUUAAAAUCGAUAAGCAAUCAGGUUUAAUUACUUUGAUUAAAACAUUGGACCGUGAACGUCAACGAAUCUAUGAACUUCGAGUUGAAGCUUACGAUCUUGGUGAACCAACAUCGCUAUCAACUGAUUUAGAUAUAACCAUUUUAAUCACCAAUGUUGACGAUUAUGAACCAGAAUUUACUGAGGACAAUUUUCAUGUUUCAUUCACUGAAAACACUUUACCCGGAAUUGAAUCAUUCAAAAUUUUACCAACAAUCGAUAAAGAUGAGAUGGAUGAUCCCAAUGAACCAGGAGUUAAAUCAAUUCCUUGUUAUUAUAUUGUUGGAGGUAAUGAUGAUGGCAUCUUCAAACUGGACAUUCUAACCCACCAGUUAACUGUUACUCGACCAUUGGAUCGAGAAACUAAAUCAACUUAUUCCUUAAUUGUUCAAGCAACUAAUGAUUGUCUAAAGGAGCCAAAGAAGAUUGAUAAAUUUGAUCCUAGAGAUAAUUCAUUAAUUCAAGUGACGAUAACAAUUAAGGAUGUUAAUGAUAAUCCACCUAAAUUCGUGAAGCCCAUUUUCACCGGAGGAGUUACAACUGAAGCCGAUUUUGGUACAAUUUUCAUGUCUGUUAAGGCUGUUGAUUCUGACGAUGGGGCCAAUGCUGUUGUCUAUUAUUACAUCUCUGGUCCCCAAAGACGCAAAUUAUCAAUUGGAUUAGAAACAAUUAAAGAUGAUCCCUUCUUAAUUAAUCGUAAAACCGGCGAGAUUGGAUUAAAUUUUGAUCCGAGAAAAGAUAUGAAAGGUUACUUUGAAUUCCAAGUGACUGCAAAUGACUCCAAGGGAUUAUCAGAUACAGCGAAAGUGAAGAUUUACUUAUUACGUGAGGAUCAAAGGGUUCGUUUCGUGUUACGAUUAACACCAUCCGAGUUAAGGGAAAGAUUGGAAAAGUUCAGAGAUGUUCUAAGUAAUAUAACUGGAGCAAUCGUCAAUGUUGACAAUUACAAAUUUCACUCAAAUGGUGAUGGAAUCGUUGAUAAAUUAAAAACUGACCUUUACCUUCAUUUUGUUGAUCCCAAUGAUAAUUCAAUCAUGGAUGUGAACAAUGUAUUGAAAUUAAUUGAUAAAAACAUUGAUUAUCUUGAUCAAUUGUAUAAAGAUUUCAAUGUUUUAGUUAGUGAGCCCUCACAGAAUCGUGAAGAAGUGCUAACAUUUGAUGAUCAAUUAAAAGCUUGUUUAAUUAGUUCAACGGCGUUUUUAUUACUUCUGUUGAUGCUGGUUACCUGUUUGUGUAUCAAUCAACGGAAUAGGUACGAGAGACGAUUGAAAGCAGCAACUACAACGGCAUUUGGCCAUCGAGAUCCACAAUUGAAUCGGACUAAUGUUCCAAACACGAAUAUUCAUGCAGACGAAGGUUCCAAUCCAAUUUGGAUGACAGGUUAUGAUAAUGAAUGGUUCAAAGAUGAUGAACAAAUGAGUCACAAUUCAAAUGGUGGUAACUCUCUUGAUGAAAACGCUGUUUCUGAAGGAUCGGGAAUCGGUGGUACUGGUGAUGGUCUUUCAGCUAAUGGUGUUCACAUGAACGGACCUUUAACACCAACUGAUUCAUUGAAUGAAUCACACCCUGGAACUGGAUCAGAAUCAUCGACCAACGAUAAGUCAGCCCUUUGUCGGGGUGUAACAGCGGGUCGAUUAACACCACAAAAUAUAACACUUCCCUCGGCAGCAUCGGGAAGGAUAAAUAAUAAUAACAAGAAAAAUUCAAAUCAACGAAGUGCUGGUCAACCGAUGGGUAAAAAUUGUCUCAAUGGCUCCGUUGUUGUCUCAUCUAAUGGCCAUGUCAAUUCAAUAGGACGAGGAGGAGGUGUAGGUAUGAAUGGAGGCAAUGGAUCAAUCGGCGGGGGCAAACGGAACGGGAAUCAUUUGUCUUGCAAGAACUCAAUCAAUACCGUUUAUAUUUCGUCACCGUAUUCGGACACAUCUCAAUACCACUCCAAUCAAAUCGGUGGCAACAAUUUAAGCAUAAUUAAUUUAGAAACUACUGAAUUGUAAAACUGUAAAUUUCUUGAUUUAGUAUCAUAAUUAAUAUUUGAACGUAAAUGAAAAAUACUCCAUCAUCUUGACCAUCAUCAUCAUCAUCAUCAUCAUCAUCAAUCAAUUGGAUGUGGAUCAUCAUCAUCAACUAAUUGUUAAUAAUAAGCAAUUAACUUUUCUAUAGUUAAUAUUGUUAACCUUUUCUAAGUCAUAUUCAUAUCUUAAUUGUUUGACAUAUUGUGAUUAAGUCUUGAUUGAAUUAAUUACUUACCAUUGAUCCUUUGAUGAUUAGUUGAUAAUUUUGUAAUUUCGUAAUCUCAUCUGUAAUAUUAAUCUCUCAUCAUUGCCAAAGAUUGGACAGGAUUAAUUAUUAAUAUAAAUAUUUUCUGUACAAUAUCAAUAUUUUUAUUAUAAUACUUAAUUACUUUUUCUAAAUGUAAUAAUAUUAAAUAAUUCAAUACUAAUCAUCCUUCAGGCCAAUCACAGCUACAAGCAAUUAAUCAAAUUUGUAUCUUAACUAUUUUUGAUUUUUUGAUGCGAACAAUUAAUUUUUUAACUUUUGUAGCAAUUGUGCCAAUUAUGAUUAAAAAUGAGUUAAAAAGCUAUCAUGAUAUUGAAAUAAACUCAACACAAUAUCUCAA